GGAAGCGGCUGAGCGGACAAUGCUGAGGCGACCCCGCACAGCGGGGUCUGGGCCGUGCCCCAGUCCGCUCCGAGCCCCGGGGCCGCUCUCGGAACCGCUGAGCCAGGCUUUGCUCAGUCUCUACCGCUUUAAACGCUCCUGUUUGCAAAGAUACUGCAAGGGAACAGUAAGCUGGAAAGAAGAGGAGACAGGUGAUCAGGAUGGCUGCCAGCUCCCAGUUUGCCAGUCGAUACAAGAAGAAUUUUAGCACAGAAGCCCUGAGGACCAAGCUUGCCCACAGGAGAUCCAUGGAGCAGAAGGAGAGCAGACACGCACUAUUCCAAAAGGGCCGGCGGUUCGGCCUGACAGAUGCCAACGUGCAGCCCUCUAAGGAGAGGGGCAUUCCUGAGCCCAAGCAAUCCAGGGAAUUGUGCUCUCAGGAGAGCAGCAGUGUGAAACAGAAGCAAGCCCCGAGCACGGCCACCAGGAGGAGGAACGAGUCCAGGGGGACGGUGAAGCUCCACAAGGAGAUGGUGGAGCACUACAAGGUGAUGCUGGAGCGCUACAAGGAGGAGAAGGAGCUCCGCAGGCUGCAGGAGCAGAGGGAGAAAGCCAAGAAAGGCGUGUUCAAGGUGGGCCUGUACAGGCCAGCUGCUCCUGUCUUCCUUGCACAGGCUGCUGAGGAACCAGCAGCAGCAAAGCCCAGAGAGAAGGAAGCAAAGGUCAGUGCCCAUGGGCAGAACGUGCGCUCUACACGGGCAGGACAUAAACAGAUGAGUACAGUCAAAGUGGCUGAAAAAGAGAAAGCGUUGCAGACUGCAGCCCAAGCAGCCCCAAGUGUGAGAGUCACCAGAGCAGCUGCCUCUGCAGCCAGGCAGGUGCCGAAACCAGCUGCUGCUACUGCUGGUAACCAGCCACAGAGAAAGACAGCAAACGUAGGAAAGCCAAAGAAAGCUGUCAAACCUGAUCCCACAAAGGUGAUUUCUUCUAAACAUGAAGUGGAGACAAAUGCUGCAGUGGAUCCAGGGGUGAUAAGUUCUGCAGCUGAUUCCAAACACUCAGUGCCAGUAGAACUUCAGCAAGAACAAACCUCAGUGGAAAAGAACAAUUUUUCUUCCACGAGACCCAGAAGAUGCUCCUUUGCACCUGAAAACUUUGUGUUUCAGCCUCUGAGAGGAUUGCCAACCUACACUAUGACACCCAAGUCUUCUUCAAGGGCAAAUGCUUCUUUGAGACCCAGUGCUGUCUGGAAUUUUUCAGAAUAUCCAGUCAAAAUAUUUGAAAAAUCCAGUGAAACUAAAGCACAAGAGCCUAAUUUAAAAAGCCAAACUUCACCUUCUGUUAAAGGCAUUCAAGAACAACAAAUGACCACGAGUUUGAAAGGAGGAGCAGAUGAAUCAGAUGAGAAAACUUCCACUCAGAGAUCAAACAAAACAACUCCUGUCUCCACAGCACCUGCAGUGGAGUCAGAGCAUACAGGAGAGCAAGAACAUGAUGUGCCUUAUUUCAGGAACAUUCUUCAGGCUGAGACAGAGAGGCUGCUGUCUCAGUGCCUGCAGUGGGAAGGAAAUCUUCAGCUGGACAUUCCAGAGGAUGCUAAAGACCUGAUUCGCACCACAGUUGGUCAGACAAGGCUGGUCCUAGCAGAAAGGUUCAAACAGUUUGAAGGACUGGUUGAUAAUUGUGAAUUUAAACGAGGUGAAAAAGAAACAACAUGUACAGACCUGGAUGGGUUUUGGGAUAUGAUUAAUUUUCAGAUUGAAGAUGUGAAUAAAAAAUUUGAUAAUUUGAAGAAGCUGCAAGACAAUGAGUGGCAGCCACUUGAUGUCCCAGGCAAAGCAGUUGUCAAGAAAAAGGCAGUUCCAAGUGGCGUGCCCAAAGCCAGGCUGGAGGCAGCUGCCAGAGCUGCUGCCCGGAGCCGCCUGGCUCGAGUGAAAGCAGCCAUGAGGGAACAAAUGAAGCAGAGGGCAGCUGCUGAGGGGGCACAUCAGGAGAGGCUGCCAGAGGCAGAAAAAGUGGUUUUUGAAGCGGGGUUUUUCAGGAUUGAAAGCCCUGUGAAAAACUUUUCAGGUCUGCUUCCAAGGACCCCUGGAAAAGUGGCAAAUCCCAGAUCAUCCAUGAGAUCUUUGCUCCUGAGCAAUCCUUCUCUCUGUGACUCUGAGAAUGCAUCUGCAAAACAAACCCCAGCAGGCCUCAAAGGCUUCCACCCAGCACAAAACUUGAAAAUGGACCAACUUCCCCCUGAAAAAACUCCCUCACUGGAGAAACUCCCUGAUGGUGCUGAGCAAAGCAUUUCUGUGGUUGCAGAAGAAAUGUGUCUGAGUGCUGGCACAGCAAAGGGAAAUAAGGUUCUGGGGAAUUCCAGCAGUGAAUCAAAAGCAGUGGAAGGCAUGGAAGAGAUGGAACCGUCUGCUGCAGAACAAGGACAAGACAUCCCCAUGUGCAGCCCAGAGAAGGAGACAAACUCCGCUGCGUCUGGAGAGACACAAAUACAUCAGACAGAUGUUUCAUGCAGUGAUUUGACACUCAUUGACAGAAAUCCUUUUGGUAUGCCAAUGCUGGAUGCUGAGCUUCCCUUCACUCCAGUCAAGACCAAAGCCCAGAAGUUUGCAGCAGCUGAAGAAUCCAUUGAUCUCAUCAUGUUUUCUCCUGUUGGUCCCUCUGGGGAUCAAUGAAAAGUGACUUUAAAUGGCAAAAUCUGUAAAUGCUAUGAACAGGAAGCCCACAGAGGGGAUCUGGAACACAGGCUGCUGCCCUGGAACUGUGUUGGGAGAGGAAGAGUGCCUGUGGUAAUGGAUCUGAUAAUGGGGUUUAUAUCAAUUUAUGGUGCAGUUGUGAUACAUCAGUAGUGGGCUGUGUUCUGGUGAUCCCUGCUGUAUCCUCUGGCUGUAAAUUCUGACUGCAACCUUAAGCACUUUUCUGUUGGUAUCAUUUAAUGUAUCUCCUGCCUCCUCCAGGCUGUAAAACUCUUCACCUUUAAACUUUUCUAUGCUGACCUGACCGACCUCAUGAUUUAUUGCUAUUGCAAGGUGCCCACUCUGUGCACUGUGCCCUGUUUGUGCUGGGAGGGCACCUUGUGGGGUGGCACCCAGCCUGUUCCCUGCCCAGAGCACCCUGCCAUGCUCUGGGGGUGCCUCUGCACCCUCAGGCUGCAGGGUCUGCUGUGUUAUCUCCUGCCUCAGCCCCAGCUGUGGCAGUGCUGGACACAUGCAAUUCUUUCCUGGGUAAGUUUUCCUGGUGUUGAACAACCACCGGGUUUGUAAUAUCAGAAAAUAACUCAGAGCAAGGAUUUCUAAGUCAGAUAAUACCUUUUCUUGGUGAUGUAUUGAAGUAGGCAUUGAUAUUAUUUCCUUUAAGGAUGCAGUUUUCUAUGGAGUAUCCUAAGGACCCAUGUUUUCUACUUGUUUUUGACAUGUUUAUGCUCAGUCUCUUCUCUCAUCUUGUUCCUUGUGCAUUCCCAGUCCAGACUGUAACAUGUUUGUGCACAAGGAACAUGCCAGUUCUAUAGACUCUAGAUUUGUGGAGCAGCAUUACAGUCCCACCAGUUGUUGUAUUUUAAACAAAUACUUCACUGGGCUUCUUGUUCCAGUGCCCUGAGUGUAACACAC